AUGGCUGCACUCGGCGACGACCUCCUGUCCACGGUCAACAAGCUGCAGGACCUGGUCUUUAACACCAUCGGAAACGACUCCCUCGAUCUCCCCCAGAUUGUCGUCGUUGGCUCUCAGUCUGCCGGAAAAUCGUCUGUACUCGAGAACAUUGUUGGCCGUGACUUUCUGCCCCGCGGCAGCGGUAUCGUCACUCGCCGGCCCCUGAUUCUCCAGCUCAUUAAUGUCCCUGACGACGGAUCCGACCCUCUGCCUCAGUCUUCACACCCCUCCCAGUACAAUGCAAAUGUCGCGCGGCCCGGCGAAUGGGCCGAGUUCAACCACAUCCCCAACAGGCGCUACACCGACUUUGGCGACGUCAAGCGCGAGAUCGAGAAUGAGACCGCUCGAGUAGCCGGCAACAACAAGGGCAUCACUCGCCAGCCCAUCAACCUCAAAAUCUAUUCUCCACACGUUCUAAACCUCACCCUGGUCGAUCUCCCGGGUCUCACAAAAGUUCCUAUCGGUGACCAACCCCCCGAUAUCGAGAAGCAGACCCGCAACCUCAUUUCAGAGUUCAUUGCAAAACCAAAUAGUAUCAUCCUCGCCGUCUCUCCCGCCAAUGUCGAUAUCGUAAACUCGGAGGCUCUCAAGCUUGCCCGUCAUGUCGACCCCUUGGGCCGGAGGACUAUUGGUGUUCUGACCAAGGUCGACCUCAUGGACCAUGGCACAAACGCCCUGGACAUCCUCUCCGGGCGAGUGUACCCCUUAAAGCUGGGCUGGAUUGGUGUCGUGAACCGAUCACAGCAGGACAUCCAGGGCAACAAGCCAAUGGAAGAGGCCCUCAAAGACGAGGAGAACUUUUUCAAGCUGCAUCCAGCGUACAGGAAUAUCGCGAUGAAGUGUGGCACCCGAUUUUUGGCCAGGACCUUGAACACCACCUUGAUGGCACACAUCAGGGAUCGCCUGCCUGACAUCAAGGCUAGACUCAACACGCUAAUGGGUCAGACCCAACAAGAGCUCGCCAGCUAUGGAAACAUGCAAUUCAGCGGUAGGGAGCACCGGGGCUCUCUUAUCCUGCAGCUCAUGACACGAUUCGCCGCGUCUUUUAUGUCCUCGAUUGACGGAACCUCGACAGAGAUCUCCACCAAGGAGCUGUGCGGUGGCGCCCGGAUCUACUACAUUUUCAAUUCUGUCUUUGGUAGCUCGCUAGACACCAUCGAUCCUACCUCCAAUCUGUCUGCUUCCGACAUCCGCACAGCAAUCAGGAACUCCACAGGUCCCCGACCCAGCUUGUUUGUUCCUGAGAUGGCAUUCGAUCUUCUUGUGAAGCCGCAAAUCAAGCUGUUGGAGAUUCCUAGCCAACGUUGUGUUGAGCUGGUCUACGAGGAACUCAUCAAGAUCUGCCACACUUGUGGGAAUAUCGAGCUUUCACGGUUCCCAAGGUUACAAGCCAAGCUCAUAGAGGUUGUGUCGGACCUCUUGCGAGAACGUUUAGGGCCCGCGUCUAACUACGUUGAGUCCUUGAUUUCGAUACAGCGGGCCUAUAUCAACACCAACCAUCCAAAUUUCCUCGGUGCUGCAAACGCCAUGAGCAAUGUAGUAGGCGCCAAGCAAGAAAGGGAACGCAAACGCCUGGUCCAGGAGGAGCGCGAGCGGAGAGAGAGAAGACGCGCGAAGGAGCUCGGAGCUAAUGGCACGGAAGAGGCCGACGAAGAAGAGCAUGGUGUCACUGAGAAGGCAGAGCACGCGUCUAUCCGCAAGGCACAAGGCAAGGGUGCGCGAAGCAUGUCACCGGCUAUAAGAGAAAACGGCACAGGUGGCAUUACGGCGGCGCUGAACGGAGCGCGCUCUGCUUCUCCGAUGAUGUACAAUGCUCAGGCUGCUGGCGGUGCCAAGGACUCUUUCCUGAAUUACUUCUUUGGAAAGGAUGGCAUGCAGCCAGCACUCCCACCGCCAUCGCAUAACGCAAAUAUCGGUCGGCAUGUGAGCCAGGGCUCGGAGCCGUCCAUCAGCCAGAGCUUCAGGCACCAGGAGACGGCACUCCGUUCUCCUAUUCAAACCACAGCACCGGCUAGCCACGAUGAGGACUUUGUCUUCGGCUCGUCGCUGCCCCGUGGUGCAGACUUUGUGAGUCCUCCCAGCGAGACUGAUGGAUCAACCGGCGAGCCGGCCAUGACCGAGCGCGAGCAGAUGGAGACAGAGCUCAUCCGGGCCCUGAUCUCCUCCUACUUCAACAUAGUGCGUGAGUCGAUCGCCGACCAGGUUCCCAAGGCUAUUAUGCACCUGUUGGUCAACCACUGCCGCGACGAGGUGCAGAACCGUCUGGUCAGCGAGCUGUACAAGGAAGCGCUAUUCGAGGAGCUCCUAUACGAAGACGACGGCGUCAAGAAGGAGCGCGAGAAGUGCGAGAAGCUGCUGCAAACUUACAGAGAGGCGGCCAAGAUCAUUGGCGAGGUGGUAUAA